ACCCCAACCGCCGUGGAACGUCUACGGGACCUCCUUGAGUCCGAUCAAGGUCCACGAUUGAUCCGAAUCGGUGUCAAGCAGAAGGGAUGCGCAGGUAUGAGCUACCAUUUGGAGUAUAUCACACCGCAGGAGAAGGGCAAGUUCGACGAACAGGUCAAGCAGGAUGGCGUUGAGGUACUCAUCGACUCGAAGGCCCUCUUCAGUAUCAUCGGCAGUGUAAUGGAUUGGCAAGAGGACUCUUUGAGCGCCAAGUUCGUCUUCGACAAUCCAAACGUGUCAGCGAGCUGUGGAUGCGGAGAGUCGUGGAUG